AUGUCCACCUCUAGCAACGCUACAAACGCAACUGCUACCGUCAACGCUCCGAGUACGCCGAGCUUGAGCACCAACACCACGGCACAGCUCAACCAGACGUGGAUCGGCCCCGCUGGCCUCGUCUCUGCAGGUUCUGUUUCAAGAAACGCCAGCGCAGAAUCAUUGACGACGCUGUUGACCUUCGGUCCGCUCUCAUCCUGCAUCUCGCUGCCAGAUCUAUCUGCUAGCCCUCUGCCGAGCAAUGCUCGCCAAUCCGGAUCCGCACAGCAACAAGCACUUCAAGAAUGGUUCGAUGCGCUGCCGAUGCAGCGAUCGUGUACUCCCUUCUCGUGGAAGUUCGUACCGGACUACACGCAUCAUUUGGACGCAAUGGUGACAUUUCAAGGUCAGUUGGAGCAGAUGUUCCCGCCACUGAAUGGAACGAUGGGAGGAGCAGGUGCGGGUCCGACCUUGACAAACCAAACGACGACACAAUCAGAUAGCAACGGCAGCUUCUUCUCCAGUGCUCCGACAUCCGUUGCGUUCUCGUCAAAUCCAACGACUGGUAGUACACUUCCUCAAGGACUUCCGCUCUGGAUCGGUGUCACUUUAGGAUGCGUCACUAUCGUACACCUUCUCGCAUUCGUUCUUCACGUCUGCUCCGAUUUGGAUGCGCUCUUCCCCACCUUGGCAGCUAAAUUUCGGACAUCUCCAACGCCGAACUCGGUUCUACCCAGUCAUGCUCCAGCAACGAAUCAAAGCUCAGCGACACUUGUCGAUCAGCCGCAGGACGAACAAGCUUCGGAACCACCAAAGUACACCGAGCCCGCACCAGCAUCGUCGACGCAAGGUGCGAGUGACUUGCAAGCGACUCCAGCCCUCAUCCGCGUUUCUCGCAAGCUCAAGAGGGUGAUUGUUCCGUUGCUUCUGCUGUCUGCGUUGGGUAUGGUGGGAGUUGCUGUGGUGUUGAAUGCGAAGUUUGCGGUGGGGCCGGUUGGGUCGUUCUCAGGUUCAGGAGAUGGAAGGCAGGUGGAUGGUUCCGGGUGGAGCGCUUCUUCGCUGGCUGGUGAUGUGAGCAGCGCUGCUGUGCCGCUGUCCACGUCGAGCAGUGCUAGAAGCACAUCUCGGACGCGUGAAGGAUCUGCUGGGACGACUUCGAAUGCAACCGUGUCGACUUCUAGCGACGAUCAAGCGGAGAGCCGACCAGUGUCCCCUGCAGCGACUGCAACGCCGAGUAUGACGACACUCGUUCGGAGACAGACGGACUUUUUUCCGGUCGCGUCGUCUUCCAUCGCGACUUCGUCUGAAGUCGCACCCAUAGCCCUUCCUACCACGCCUUCCACUUUUGCAUCGCCGACUCCUACCUCCAGCAGCACGUCCUCAUCUGCUCCCAACGCAUCGCUCUUCCCACCCAUCACUUCUUCCACCCCGUAUCCCUCCUCUUCGUCCACUUCUGCAGCACAACCAACUCCCUCUUCCAGCACCGCUAGCGCCGCGGCUGCGAGUACAUCUUCCACCGCACCCUCACCAUUCGUACUCCAUCGAGGAGACUCAACGCAUCGUCUAUGGUGGAUCGUCAUCCUAGACCUGCUGCUGUGGUUCAUCCAACGCAGACGGAUACGAUCGCAGACCGGACUGGACAAAGCUAGGUCCAUGGUGAUCGAUCAGCUCUCCGCGAUCCACCGAGCUCGCCAGUUGGAGGGGAAGAUGGAUCUGGCAAAAGCGUAG